AUUUUACUAGGUCACGAGCGGUCUUUGACCCAGAUCAAGUACAACAAGGAGGGCGAUCUCCUCUUCUCGUGUUCAAAAGACCAUGUCAUCAACGUAUGGUACACGCAUAACGGAGAGCGGUUAGGAACGUAUGACGGACAUAAUGGGACAGUAUGGACCGUCGACGUCGACUCAGAGUCAAAAUUCCUCGUAUCGGGGUCCGCUGAUAACUGCAUGAAGUUAUGGAAUGUUGCAACCGGCAAGUGUCUCUUCACAUGGGAGUUCCCGACCGCUGUGAAGCGAGUCGCCUUCAACGAGGACGACGACCGUAUUGUCUGCAUCACGGAACAGCGUAUGGGCCACCAGUGUGCGGUGCGGGUGUUCGACAUAAACCGGGAAGGGGAUGGGACAGAUCAAUCCGAGGAGCCAACCUACAUGUUCAACCCCGUCGGUUCGAAAGCCACCGUGUGCGCGUUCCCGUACAUGGACGGUCUCAUCUUGACUGGCCACGAGUCAGGCAAGGUGGCGCUAUUCGACAUGAAGACUGGCGAUGAGGUGUUGAACAACGAGCGUGCACAUAUGGACACAGUCACCGAUCUGCAGUUAAGCACCGACCGGACAUAUUUCAUCACCAGCAGCAAAGACAAAACCGCAAGGCUUCACGACACGAAGACGCUCAUGGUCCUGAAGACAUACUCCACGGAGACACCACUAAACAGCGCCGCUAUCGCGCCUAAGCGUCCAUACGUGCUAUUGGGAGGCGGUCAGGAAGCCAUGAGUGUCACAACAACAUCACUUCGCCAGGGUAAGUUCGAGACACGGUUCUGGCACAAGGUUUUCGAGGAGGAGGUUGGGCGGGUGAAGGGUCACUUCGGACCCAUCAAUACCAUCGCUGUUCAUCCCGCUGGGACGUCAUACUCGUCCGGAGGGGAAGAUGGUUUCGUCCGUGUGCACCACUUCGAUGAGAGUUACUGGAAAGCAAAGCCUUAUGGCGAUCUGGAGAUAGAA